AUUAGUUAUAUGUGCUAAAACCUUCAUUUUCAAUAAGGUUCCGAUCAGAAGCAUUUGGAAAGUAUCAUCCAGAUUGGAAAGUACAAAAUAUUUCUCGGUGGCAACGUAAAACCUGACAAACUUUGUAAAACAAUUGCAGUUAUUCUCAACAUUUGACGAAAAUAUAUUUAUAUUGUCAUUGCCACCAUCGAAGUAACAUUAAAAGUGCGGUUUUACGGUUUUGUUUGUAAUCUGUGCAAAGUGCAAACUGAUUACAAAAGUGAUUAAAAUUCUCAGCUACAAUAUUCUUGAUAGCAAUUACAAAAUUUAAAAUAUUACUUUGUGAGAAACCUUCUGAUUAUAUCAUUGCGAGAAUUAAUGAGUCAAUGUACCUGUAAUUAUAGACGGAGUACGUGUUUUUACACAAUUUAGAAAGUCGCCUAUGGGCAUCGCGGAAGGCUGUCUUAGCUAAGUACGAUUUUUAGUCUCAGUUAAUUCUAAAGUUACGCAGGCGGUGAAAUAUAAGCUCGUUGGUGAGAAGACAGCAAUAUAUUUAAUGUAUAGUCUGAAAACUGUUGAUAUUUCGGACAAAAGCUACGACGAAAUGAAGGUCCACAGAAUGACGAAGCAUUUCCGACCACGGCACAAUUCAUGGAAGACGAGACAUAUCGUUGCCCUGUCUUUGGUAGGUUUUGUUUGGUACACUCUGGUUUCCAAAUGGUCUCCCACAGAAGAUAAAUCUUCUUUGAUCAGAAAACUUCAGGGAUUGAAGCCAGUAUUUUCACAAAAAUCUUCGAAAAGCACCAUGAUGACGAGUACAACCACGGCAACUAAAACCACCUUGAGAGCAAUACAGAAACCGUCCGUACAUGAAAAACAGAAAUCUGAUAAAUCACCCAAACUUGUGCCUCCCAAACAAAAGUCCAGAAAUAAAGACGAAGAUGACGAUCCGUUCAACAGAAAAAAAUUGAACAUGAAUAAUGACCCAAAAUUGGCUGAGCUUAUUCCAGUUGAGGCACCUGGUAGAAGAACUAGACCGAAAUUGGGAGGUUUCUUAACACCUCCUCCUAUGACGAAAAAGCCUCCUAUAAUUCUAGUGUGGAAAGCUAUGGAACACCAGAUGAAACAUUAUAAAGAAGAUUUGGAAUUUUAUUUUGGAGAGGAAUGUGGGGGUUGUCAGUUGACAACAAAUAGAGCGCUGGCGAAAGAAUGUUCAGCCCUGGUUCAUUUCAAUUCUCCAGAUUUACGAAAACUUAUGGAUGUACCGGAUAACAGUACCAGAAAUCCGGACCAAUUUUACGUUUUUUGGUCUCGUGAGACCCCAGCAAAAACCUAUUCCUUCAGAAAUGUACUUCAAGACAAACGUUUUGAUCCAAUCUUCAACCUUACAAUCAAUUUUCGGCGGGAUGCAGAUAUUGUUGAUUACUUCGGUAAUCGAGAAUACGAACUUCGAUUCUAUCGGGAAAAAGAGAGAGACACUGACAACAAAUGGUUUGAGAGAUUAUUGAAAAAGAAAAACGGCCUUGCAGUAUGGGCAGUCAGUAAUUGCAACAGCACUUAUGGAGCUACGGAAAGAAUGAAAUACGCAAAAUCACUGAUGAAGGCAGGUCUAAAGCUAACGGCAUUUGGACAAUGCUUCGGUAAAAGACCCACUGGUGGCGAAAUGUUACAGCAGCUGAUGCGACAUAAGUUUUACAUGUCCCUAGAAAAUUCGAUUCAUUGCCCUGAUUAUGUUUCGGAAAAGUUCUGGAGAAAUGGUCUACGCGCUGGUGCUGUGCCAGUAGUAUGGGGUCCAUCUCGAGAAGAUAUUGCAGAAAUUGCCCCAAAACAUUCUUAUAUUCACAGCGAAGACUUUGAAACCCCAGAGAAGCUGGUGAAAUAUUUAAAUUAUUUAGAUAAAAAUCAAACAGCUUAUCUGGAGUAUCAUGCUUGGCGUUUUAAACCAAUAGACGAUUCGAUACCUGAAGAAGACAUCAUACCAACAUACAGAUCGUCGUUGUGUCGACUGUGUAAAAAAAUUAAUGAGAGGCCAAUUGUUCGCAAAACGAUUGCUUCUGUUUAUGACUGGUUAUAUGAAACACGAUAUCCAGACGAUUUGUGUUUUCGAUGAAAUUUUUAAUUGUAUAAUUAAUAUUUAAUAAUAUAAACGUGAACAAAAUUUCUGCACGAAAUAGUUCACUAGCCUUGCAUUACAUUGAGACCAAUCUGAUGAUAUAUGGUGCAACUGCUAGUGCUUGAUUGGUUUUUGUAGAAGGUUGAUCAAAAUGACACGAACGAAUUAGGAAUCAGACGAGAAUUCGUAGUAAAUUUCAAAUUAAUUAAAACUGUCUAAAGAAGAGUCAAAUAUUCUAUUACUAUUAUGAAUAUAAAUUUAUGCACGUUUAUCGAAGCAUUGAAUGGACAGAUACAUGCCAUGGUAUAAGGUCGCCAUGUAUUUACAAUUUUUCAAAGUUACUUUUGCUAAUUUAUGAGGUUUUUUUUAUAUAUCAACGUGCUCUUAUAUAUAUGCUUGCGCAAUAAUUAUAAUGAGAAAUAAAAUAAAAAUUAUCUUUCUCAAAA